AUGUGGGAUAUCGGUUUUGUGUACAGGCAUAUUCCGAAACUUUUCGGAGCCUUAGCGUUUAUAGUCAACCCAAUUUUCGUAUAUCUGAUUUUCACAGAAAAAUCAACGAAAUUCGGGAACUAUAAGUACUUGUUGCUAUAUUUUGCAAGUUUUAAUUUGGUCUACUCAGUUGCAAAUGUUGUGGUACCAAUUGAUAUCCAUAGCCAUCGCUACUGCUUCUACCUUUUCAUCAGCGAUGGGCUCUUCUUCGGCCAGUCCGAUUGGCAUUUGCACAUGCUAUCAGCCAGAUGCGCCUUGGUGUCUGCUAGCUACGCGGUGCUUCUGAGCCACUUCAUCUAUCGAUACCUUGCUCUUCAUAACAGCGAACUGACAAAUGACAAGUUCCAUACCUAUAUGACAAUUUCUUUUGGAAUAUUCUGCGUUUAUUUUGUAGUGUGGCACGCGUCUUGCUUCUAUCUUGGCGGGGCCAAUUUGGAAAUCAAGGAGUACAUCCGAACAGAUUUCCGAGAUUUUUAUCGAAUGGACUCUAUGGAUAUGAACAUGAUCUCUUGCUUAUAUAGAGAAGGAACAGACCACACACUGUUGCGAUCUUGGUCGACGACGAUCCUUUGGACAUCAAUUUCUGCCAUUUCCAUUUGCAUGUUCUUGAUGUUGGCGUGUAUGAUAAUGAAAAAGCUGAACAAAAUGUCGUCAUGCAUGAGCAAGAAAACCUCAACACUUCAGCUAGAACUCCUCCGAGCUCUAAUAAUUCAAACUGUGAUUCCAAUUUUUGUGAGCUUCUUCCCAUGUGUCAUAAGCUUCAUCAUCCCAAUAUUUGACUUAGAUUUGGGAAGACCAAUCAACUAUGUGGAGGUCAUUGCUCUCGGAGCAUUUGCGUUUUGCGACCCAGUGGCUAUAGUCUUGUGUCUCCCAGUUUUUCGACAACGUGUGUUGUGUCAAAAGAAAAAACCGAAGAAGAAGCAGAAUACAGAGAUAAACAUGAUGUCGACAAUUGCCUCAUAA